ACUUUCUAUUUUGGAAAAGUUUAUGUUUAUGGCCAUUAAUUGAAAUACUAAUUAAACCAAACAAAUUGGAGUACAGCAUAGGCUAGCUGUUGAUUUGAUCCAAUUUAAUUACGGUGAAGGCUUAAAAAAGGCUUGUUCAAACUUGUCAUACACAAACCAAAGUUUGGUCAGAAAAAUCCUUUGCAAUUGCUUUUGGGCGCGUGGCAACUAAACUUUCCGAGAAAGUGGUGAUUUUCCGUUUUCUCUGGAACAGGAAACUCUUGAAACAUCAAACAAAUCCUUCUUCAAUUUUUAUGUUUGUCGUCUAACGCAGACAGCAAUACAUGGAAACUCCGAAUAAAUUGGUUUCCAUGCUUAGAGCAUAGAUGAUUCUCAUAUCAAAUCUAUCCUUUUAUAAAUUUUGACCUAAGCCGAUUCAUGAAGUAAGAAGAGUCUGCAUUCAAAUCCAAAGUUCUCCUUUUUCUUCCUUCAAUUCUGGGUCUCGGCCAUGUCAAAAACUGAAGAGUGCACAAAGAGGGGAAAGAUAGUCGUCCGGAGUGAUCCUAUUAUGUGGAGUUGAGAAUUUGAAAGGAGCAAUCAUGGCUCCUCCUGGUGAGUGUAGACUUGGUUGUAUCGAUAUUUUAUGACAUUUCAAAAGGUAUUACUCGAGAAGGAUCUCAAGGUGAAAAUAGAUCUGCCUGGCUGAUCCCUUAUGCCUUUGUAGGUGGAUAUUGAUAUGCCCAAAUUUUCAGUUUAGUUUAUAAGCUAUCUUGUGUAAAGUGAUAUGCCUUUUCAUUUAGAAGAGAUAUCGGAUGAUGUAUAUUAAUUCUUAGACUGCUCGUUCAGUCCUGUUGAUUAAAAAGUUUUGGUUAUGCUUGAAGCCUGGAGAAAUUGUCCAUCUACUCCCAAUUUAAAACUAUUGCUGUUUCUUGAAAAAUGAAAAGCUAUUGCCUUGUUUUUAGAUUUAAAAUCACCAAACUCAUGCAAUUUUAUUGAUGCCCUUGAUCUUGGCAAGUUAAGUAAUCACACAUUUUCUUUUCUGGUCUAACCCCUAGAACUCCUGAUUUGGCAGUUUGAAUGAAAUUAUGGUUUCUGUAGAUGGGGUCUUACUCUCAUCUAGUUUGUUUGUUUGACUUUAAUGGCCAUGUUGUCCAGGCAGAUGGAACAUGAUGAAGCCUCCAUUUUGAGAGCUGAGGAUCAGAAGAAAAUUGAGAUGCCAAUGGUCUCUGAAGGAAAUGAUGUCAUUUCGAUGCCACUAGAUUCUGAAUGCUGCUCUGUUUGUGCCUUUUCCAAGCAAGAAAACGCUACUUUGGAAUCAAAGCAACGAUGGAUGUCAGCAACCAAACUUUCUGGGCUUAUUGUUUUCUAUCUUAUGGUUAUGUUAGUAGAGAUUAUUGGUGGAGUGAAAUCCAACAGCCUUGCAGUUAUGACAGAUGCAGCUCACUUGCUCACUGAUGUUGCUGGAUUCUUCAUAUCUCUUAUAACUGUCUGGGCUUCAGCAUGGAAGGCAACAUCAUACCAAUCUUUCGGAUUCAAUCGUCUUGAAGUCCUGGGUGCUCUUUUGUCAGUGCAGCUUAUAUGGCUUAUAUCUGCACUCUUAAUUUAUGAAGCACUUGACAGAAUUCUACACAAAAAUAAAGAGGUAAACGGGUUACUUAUGUUCGAAAUUGCUGCAUUUGGAUUUAUUAUCAACUUAGUAAUGGUCCUUUGGCUGGGUCAUGACCACACUCACCACCAUGCUUGUGGGGACACAGAUCAUCAACAACAUCACCACCACCAUCACCAUCAUCAUGACCAUGAAAGAGGGAAACCUUGUGAUUUAACUGAAGAGGAGACUAGUCUGGUGCCAAGUAGUCCAGCUAAGGCCAAGAUAUUGAACAUAAAUCUACAAGGAGCUUACUUGCAUGUCAUGGCUGACCUCAUUCAAUCUGUUGGGGUAAUGAUUGCUGGAGCUGUUAUCUGGAUAAAGCCAAAGUGGUUGAUAGUUGAUCUUCUCUCCACCCUCGUCUUCUCUACCAUUGCUCUUUGUACCACUCUACCCAUGCUUAGAGAUAUCUUUGGUAUAUUAAUGGAAAGGACGCCAAGUGACAUCAAUAUUGAUAUGCUGGAAAGUGGUAUCAAGGGAAUCAACGGAGUCCAAAAUAUCCAUGACCUCCAUGUAUGGGCUAUAACUGUUGGGAAACUUGUAUUAUCCUGCCAUGUAGUAGCUGAGCCUGGAGUCAGCUCUAAUGAGUUACUUGGCAAGAUCAGGGAUUACUGUCAAAAAACUUACAAAAUUCAUCACAUAACUAUACAAAUCGAGUAGUCUUUUACUAGUUUCUCAACAAAUUUUGCAGGAGAAUGUAGAUUAAAGCAUCAAAAAGAUUUCUGAACCUUGCUGUUGCUUUGGCAUAAAUGAUAUAUUUUUG